AUGUUUUGUCCAUCCAAAAUGUGUCGGAGAACAGUUUUUACACCUGUGCCGAACCAGCCUUGGUACUGGCAAAAGUUCAAAACGAAUCAUGGCCCCUUUUUAGAUCUGAAAGGAAACGGGGGGGGGGGAGGAAGGGGAUGGAAUCUGAGAAUUGUUUACAAUUUAUUUCAAGAUGAAGCAAUUCAACUUCCAUCAGAGGCAUGGAUCUCGCCCUGUUGCUCCCAUUCCAUAAUUUCCAUAUGGGCUUGCGACAUUCCCACCCCCCCAAAUCCCCCACAAAAUCCAGCACAAAAAUACGACCACUACCAAUAG